AUGGAUUGUACUAAUAUUAUUAUCCCAUUUGAUUUUCCAUUUGCUAUUUUGGAACAUCGUGAUAAUCCUGAUCCGAAUAAUAAAUUAGUUUAUGCUGUUGCUGAUGGUCAAUAUACUUAUGGACCACUUUCAUUGUUUCAAUAUCAUAAUGAUGAAAAAUAUUCUAAAACAAUUCGUAAUGAAGAAUUACCAAUAUCAUUACCAUGCAAAGAAUUUUAUAUAGUUGAAUCUGAUUUUAUAAUUGAUGAUACAAUUGAAAUAAAUGAUAAUAAUCGAGGUCGAAUUUAUGUUAAAGAAAUUAAUACUCAAUCAUCAGAAAUUCAAAUUAAAGAACUUUUACAAGAAAUGAUUGAAUGUAAAAAUGAACUUCGAUCUCUUAAAUCAAUUGUUUUAACAGAAGAACGAAUUACACGACAAUCAUCUUCAAAUAUUCAUAAUUGUUCAUUAAAUACAAGUUAUAAAUCUGCUAAUGGUGAUAUAUUAACACCAUUACGUAAUAAAAAACAAGUUCAAUCAACUAUUAUUCAACGAAAUAUUUCAACAAUUGCUAAGAAAAAUAUUCAUACACCACCAAGAAGUCAAUCUGUAACAACAUCAAGAAUUCUUUUAAAAAAUAUUAAAUCAUCUGGUUAUGGACAAUAUCAAUCACCAUCAACAAAACGAUCAUUAUCUACAUUUGGUACACCAGAACGUUCAUUUUGUAAAUAA